AUGAAAGCACACAUACCAAAACAAAAAUUUCAAGAUGAUUUAAAAGGCCACAAUGGAUCAUGUCAACUAGGGCAAGACAAUGACGUUGGUUCUUUGAAAGUUUGUCGUACUACAGUCAAUGCUAACCGUUUAACAGCUGGAAAUUUUAGUGCGUGUCCAACGAUCGACGUUAUUAAACAAGCUGCUCACUACAGAAAACAGUUUUUGAUUGAUGAAGAUAUAUUUAAAGAAAUGCGUGUCUUGAUGCAUUUUUUUCGAGAAGCGGAUACAAAUUCAUCCUAA